GGAUGAGAAUGAUGACGAUACCCAUGGUUUGCUUCGCUUUGCUCUGCUUUGCUCUAGUACGGCGGUAUUUCCGCUUCGAGAUGGGUAGGGAUGCGGUGCAUGAAAGGGAAGUAGCGCUAUUUGAUCGUUCAGCGGACAGGUACGGUAACGCCUAGAGGGAUUACGAUAACGAUGUAUGCAGUGAUGCAGACUCGGUCGCCUUUUGUCAAGCCUAGCCCGAAGCUCAAAGCGCAAGUUGUCUCACCGGUCCGUCGCUCCUGCCUCAUUAGCCGCCGUGGGUUGACUGUGCCACUUACCUGCAGCCAAUACGAGGCCGCCUUGACACUCUAGCUAUAAUUCGACACAACAACCCAACUAACAACCUUCACAUAUCGCAUUCCACACCUCGUUCGGGAAAACGCAAUCAGAUACGAUGUGGUCUCCCGCAAUUCUUGCCGCGUUACUCGCCAUCACUUCGUUUCCCUCCAGUGUCCUAAGCGAAGCGCAACAUCCGCUCGUCGACACUAACGCUCACACCAUUGUUGCUUUGCCAACCUACAACGACACCUUCGCUCGCCUAGGCGAAAACUGGAACGCUCUCACCGAAGAAGCCAAACAAGCCGCCACUCGCCUCAACUCGGCGCUCGACCACAUCGGCUUCAUUGGCCACGACCGUCACCUUGACGAGAUCCCGGCCAGCAUCAAGCAAGCACUAACCCAGAUCAACAUCACCGCCUUUGAGCAAUGGCUAGUUCAAACCACCGAAGAAGGACUAGAGGAAGCGCUGAAGCAGUUGCAAGCGGUCGAUUUCAAGAGUUUACCUGCUGACACGGUGAAGUACAUCGAGGAACACCCGUUGGAGACGGCGGUUUUCGCCGUGGAGACUGUGGUUUUCUUCGUCCCGGGCGGUGUGUAUAUCCCGUUGCUUCGGGUGCUUGGGUUUGGUCGGCUGGGGGUUAGAGCGAGAUCGGUGGCCGCUCUGCUGCAGUCCAUGAUCGGUCCGUAUGUUCCUGCGCGGGGUUGGUUCGCUCAUUUGGUUAGCGCCGCGAUGGGAGGGUAUGGCAGGGCUGUUCUUAAUACGAUUACAAGGGUCACGAUCAAGAUUGGGUGGUUGCUGGGAUUUUUGCAUCGGUGAGUAGCAUGGUGAGGCGCCCGCUGCCUCAAGCGUCCGUGGAGCUACAGGUGGGACACGAUGCUCUUUCUCCCUCAGCCUUUACAGUUGAGUAGUCUGUUCGGUGAAGCUCUGUACAUUACGACCGUUGUUCGCGGCGAGACGGUCACGAGAAGAAGAGGUCAGAAACGAGGAAAAACGAGUUCUGGUAGAGAAUGAUACUC